UCCGCCACAAAUGGGUUCCACCACCACCCCCUCCUCCUCAUCUUUGCUCAUUUUCCUUGUCAUUCUAGCCGUCGUCUCCGGCGAAGCACGCGACCCGUUUGCGUGCGACCCGAAAGAUGGCGCAAAUGCGGGGUUUCCAUUUUGCCGGAAAAGUAUCGGGAUAGGAGAGAGAGUGAAGGACCUGAUUGGAAGGUUGACGUUGGAGGAGAAGGUGAGGCUGCUGGUGAACAAUGCCGCAGGGGUGCCAAGGCUGGGAAUAAAGGGGUACGAGUGGUGGUCGGAGGCUCUUCAUGGGGUCUCCAAUGUUGGGCCUGGCACUAAGUUUAGUGGAGACUUCCCCGGAGCCACUAGCUUCCCUCAGGUCAUCACCACUGCUGCUUCUUUCAAUUCUUCCUUGUGGGAAGCCAUUGGACAGGUUGUGUCAGACGAAGCGAGAGCCAUGUACAACGGUGGAGCGGCUGGGCUCACUUUCUGGAGCCCGAAUGUGAACAUAUUCAGAGACCCAAGGUGGGGACGUGGACAGGAGACUCCUGGUGAAGACCCCGUCCUAGCGGGUAAAUACGCCGCCAGAUACGUCAGAGGGCUACAGGGAAACGCCGGUGACCGGUUGAAGGUGGCGGCGUGUUGCAAGCAUUUCACAGCCUACGACCUCGAUAACUGGAACGGCGUGGAUCGGUUCCACUUCGAUGCCCGGGUGAGCAAGCAGGAGAUGGAGGACACAUUCGACGUGCCGUUCAGAAGCUGUGUAGUGGAAGGGAAAGUGGCGAGCGUGAUGUGCUCUUACAAUCAAGUGAAUGGAGUCCCCACUUGUGCUGAUCCCAAUCUCCUCCGCAACACCGUUCGCAAACAAUGGCACCUCAAUGGGUAUGUUGUCUCUGAUUGUGACUCCGUGGGAGUUUUUUAUGAUAACCAACACUAUACAAAUACCCCAGAAGAAGCAGCUGCUGAUGCCAUUAAAGCAGGGUUGGAUUUGGAUUGUGGGCCUUUUCUAGCUAUCCACACACAGGACGCCAUCAAAAAAGGGUUGGUGAGCGAGGCUGAUGUUGACAGCGCCUUGGUUAACACGGUCACCGUCCAAAUGCGGCUAGGCAUGUUCGAUGGGGAGCCCUCUGCCCAGCCAUUUGGCGACCUGGGCCCAAAAGAUGUGUGCAGCCCGGCCCACCAAGAGCUGGCCCUCGAAGCAGCCAGGCAAGGCAUCGUCCUUCUCAAAAAUCAUGGGCAUUCACUGCCUCUGUCCACUCGGCGUCAUAGAUCCAUUGCCGUUAUUGGGCCCAAUUCCGAUGCUAACGUUACUAUGAUCGGGAACUAUGCGGGUAUUCCAUGCGAGUACACGACUCCCUUACAAGGCAUAGGAAGAUAUUCGAGAACAAUUCACCAGAAGGGUUGUGCGGACGUGGCGUGCUCGGAGGACCAGUUAUUUGCCGGAGCGAUCGAUGCUGCCAGUCAGGCGGAUGCAACGGUGUUGGUGAUGGGCCUGGACCAGUCCAUUGAGGCAGAAGCUAAAGACCGUGCCGACCUACUUUUGCCUGGGCGCCAACAGGAACUUGUAUCUAAGGUUGCCAAGGCCUCCAGGGGCCCAACAGUGUUGGUCUUGAUGAGUGGUGGGCCUGUGGAUGUGUCUUUCGCCAAGAAAGACCCGCGAAUUGCUGCCAUUGUAUGGACCGGAUACCCGGGCCAAGCUGGAGGAGCAGCCAUAGCCGAUAUCCUUUUUGGAGUCGCCAAUCCAGGAGGGAAGCUACCUAUGACAUGGUAUCCCCAGGAAUACCUUUCCAAAGUGCCCAUGACAACCAUGGCCAUGCGCGCAAUCCCAUCAAAGGCCUACCCUGGAAGGACCUACCGAUUCUACAAGGGCCCGGUGGUGUACCCGUUCGGGCACGGUCUGAGUUACACAAACUUUGUACACACCAUAGCCCAAGCCCCAACAGCGGUGGCCAUCCCCCUCCAUGGCCACCACAACACCACAGUUUCAGGCAAGGCAAUCAGGGUCACCCACGCAAAAUGCAACAGGCUCUCAAUAGCCCUCCACCUGGACGUGAAAAACGUCGGUAAUAAGGACGGCUCACACACACUGCUAGUCUUCUCCAAGCCACCGGCGGGGCACUGGGCUCCCCACAAGCAGUUGGUCGCAUUUGAGAAAGUUCAUGUAGCAGCCAGGACCCAGCAAAGGGUCCAGAUCAAUAUUCAUGUGUGUAAGUACCUGAGUGUCGUGGACAGAUCCGGAAUUCGAAGAAUUCCCAUGGGUCAACAUGGUCUUCAUAUUGGUGAUACCAAGCAUUUGGUUUCUCUUCAAGCAGCAGCUCUAGGAGUGAUCAAGUCCUGAUUUUUUUCUCUUGUUUGAUGAAAGACCAUCACCAAAGCUAUAGGUCUACCACCCUCAAGCCUAAAGCAUAUUCAAGUGCUUCAUCUACUUAACACAUAAAUAAUGAGUGAGUAGUCCCUAAUAAUGAUGGAAUGGGAACAUUUGAGAACAGCCCACAAGCUGAAAGAAUGCUGUGAAGACGGAACAUGUGUGGCUGGUUGUUCAAACUUCAAACUAGGCAUUUAAUGGGGUUUUGAGGCCCAGCUCAUUCGGUUAUUAGAGAGAGAAAUCGAGGAUUCUGGCAUUUACACCUUUUAUUGUAAUUUGCUGCGCGCUUCUAAGUGAGAAUACUGUUGCAUUCA